UAAAAUAAAAGUAGUUGAAAAAAAUCCGGUGCCGUUCAAUUGGAGCUAUAAAUUCUAAGCCAGCCAUUCACAAUAUAGUUGUAGGGUUCUUUUUUACUUUGUUCUCUUCAAUUGAAAGCCACAAAAAAACUAAAACAUUUGUUUCUUUUGUCAAUUUUCAGUUUAGAAUACGUAAAGGUAAAGCUGGCUAGUAGAAGGCUGGUAUCUUUGAGGUGUAGCAAUCAUUGGGUUCUUUUAGAUUUUAACGAUCUUCUUCCAGUCUGGCCGCUAUAAAAACUUCCUGCUUUUCUCGCACCUCUAAGUGGGUGUGGGGCAAGAACGAGGGGGUGAUAUUACUAAAUGUUUUGAGGAGAUCAAGAUCAUCGCAUAUCUGGAGAUUGUGUCGUGUCUCAGCAGGGCUCACACUUGAUUAUGGCUAAGAUUGCCUUGUGCUAACUCUUGCAGUCAUGUGACCUUAUUUUGCUGAAAUUCUACAGAUUAUCGGUUUAGAAAAGUAUUAGAAUAGUAGAGCGCUUCAAUACCUCAAAAACGAUUAGAUCUCAUGUGAGCACGGUUUUUUUUUCCUUUUACAAAGAUGUUUAGGUUUUCAUGCUUCCCAGCUCACAUCCAUUCCCACAAGCAAAAGAAAACAGUUCAUUUAUCUGCUGAAGCAAUGCAUAAAACACUUGAAGAUUGCUCUCAGGAUCACUCCAUGAAGGGUUUUACUUACUUGUCCACAACUAGUGCAUCAUGUGCAGCGGAUGGAGAUGCUCCCGAGAACUAUGCUGAUCAUGCUUCUGAUUCUUCACGCUUAGAGUGUGAUUAUAACUCUGAGGAAUUCAAGAGCAAAUCUAAUACUGAAUAUGAAGUCAAAGUACAUAACAGUGCGCAAAUGAAGAAGAGUUUAUCUUUGGGUAGUGGCAUGCAUUUGGAAGGAAGAGUUGCCAGUGGCAAUAACUCAGACCAUGAGAGUGGUAGAUAUUCUUGUGAUGAAUCAGAUGAUCGCUGUGGAUCAGCAACUGCAGAUGGUGGGAAGGAACUUAAUAUCAGCUUGCUUGAUUUAUUUCACGAAGCUGGACCCUCUGAAUCUGUUCAAGUAAACUCUAAUUUGGCUAACAAUGAGUCGAUAUUUUCCAUUGAAGAUGCAAAAGAGUCAGAAAAAGACGGACAAGAGAACUAUGAGGUUCAGUUGUCUAAUGCAAAUGAGUCUGGUGGCUGUACACCACGUACUUCUCCCUGUAUUGUAAAAUCAAGUUCAUUGCCUAACAUUCAUUCCCCAGGUCGACACCGCAACUUCCAUCACUCCAGAUCUGCUGAGGACUUGAAUAUUUUAGAUGCAAGACGGAAAGAAAAUUUUGUGGAUGAGGUAGCGAACAAGGUGAUGAAACACGAAAAAGAGGAUAUUUUACAGAACAAUGAAAAAGUUAAUGAUGAAACCCCACCGGAUGACAAUUUUGAUACAUAUAACUAUGUUGGCUCAGCCAAAGACUGGAUACUACCUGGGAUGGAUGAGGUUAACAUGAAGAAGCAUGUUAAUGGAGAAUCUACAUUUGGCCGGUGGAAUGAAUUGACAGGCAAGGAUUUUAAGACAAAACGAAUUGAAGAGUGGGUUACAGACCUUCAGCAUUGUGGCAGAUUUGAAGAAACUGAUGACUUUUCUGUUCCUGAGAAUAGUCCUGAAGUGCAAAAAGGUAAAGCUGUCUUGGAUGCUUCUCCUCUUGCAAAGUUGGAUGGUAACGUCAAACCUGGUGCAGAAAGUAUUAAGAAAUAUAUCUCUUCAUUGAGUGCCAAUGCCACGUCAGCUCAGAUGAUAAAUCAUGGGUUGGUUGUGAUUCCAUUUCUCAGUGCUUUUGUGAGCUUGAGAGCACUUACCUUAUCUGGGAAUUCCAUAGUGAGGAUAACUGCUGGUGCUCUCCCUCGGGGGCUUCAUGUUCUGAAUCUAUCGAGGAACAGUAUCUCAGUUAUUGAAGGAUUGCGUGAACUUACACGACUUCGUGUUCUUGACCUGAGCUACAAUCGAAUAGUAAGGAUUGGACAUGGUCUUGCUUCCUGUUCUUCCUUGAAAGAGCUGUACCUAGCUGGGAAUAAAAUCAGCGAGGUUGAGGGUCUUCACCGCCUCCUAAAAUUGAAUGUCCUGGAUUUGAGAUUCAACAAAAUAUCUACCGCCAAAGGUCUGGGCCAACUUGCAGCUAAUUAUGGUUCUUUACAAGCAAUCAGCCUGGAAGGGAACCCUGCCCAGAAGAACGUUGGUGAUGAACAACUGAAAAAGAAUCUCCAAAGCCUUCUUCCAAAUCUCAUUUACUUCAACAGGAAACCCGUUAAGGUGAAGGACACAUCAGACAGAUCUUCUAGAUUAGCCAUUGGAGGUCUCAAGCCGGACCUUAAGGCUAUGCGGAAGGCAAGCCAUGGUGGUGUCACGCACAAAGCAUCAUCUUCAUCAACCCGUGGUCGUAAAAGUCAAACAAUGACCUCAACAAAACCAUCCAAGAGUAGACCAACCACCCGCCUGCCCCCUAUUAGUGGAACUAAAACUAGUUCACGGCAACAUAUCUAUGACUUCAGCAACAAACUUCUUAGCUUGAGAGCUGACCUGUCUAUGCGCAGGAGCCGAAGUGAGGGAACUCUUGGUGUGAUUUGAGGAUCAGGAUGUGUCAGAGAGGACUGUUCAGAGUAUUGAACUUAAGAUACUUUUGACGCGGUCUUCCUGUUUCAGUGUUUAAACUAGUAUAGUAAUUAGGCAUAUUUGCCCCUUCCCCCUACCCCUCUAGAUUUAGUUCCCAGCGAAGAUCAGCAAGGCAGCCUGCACUUGCGAACUUCAGUCGACUUGUGUCUGUGUGUCUCUCAUUUUCCAGAUUUCAGUUCUAUGCUUUAGCUGUUAUUAUUGGAGUGUUGUUUAGGACAACAUAAUUGUAUGGUAGUAUUUGCUAUCCUCGUGUGCGGGCGAUGUACCAUAACAGUUUUAAAUUCUUGAAAUUUCUUUUCAGAUGCGAUAAAGUUCAUUAUUUCUUAAA